GACCGUCCAGGGCCGGGAGUUUCCUGCCCGGGGACAGCUCCGGCCGCACGGGGGGCGCCGAGGGGCUGCGGGGACACCCGGGGGACGCUCGGCAGGCCGGGACCUGCCCCGCCGGGCUGCUCCCGGAGCCGUGAAGCAACAGGAGGGGAACGGGCUGGCCACCAUGGGCGAGUGCACGGACCUGGAAUGGGCCGUGCAGGUGCUGGUGAACAACUUUGACAAAUACUCGAGCCGCUGCUGCUGCUGCAAGAACCCGCGGCGCAUCAGCAAGAAGGAUUUCCGCAAGAUGCUCAGCCGGGAGCUCAACCACAUGCUGACCGACACCGGGAACCGGCGCGCCGCCGAUAAACUCAUCUGCGACCUGGACGAGAACAAGGACGGGCGCAUCAGCUUCCAGGAGUACUGGACCCUGAUCGGCGGCAUCGCCAGCCCCAUCGCGCAGAUCAUCCGCCAGCAGGAGCAGAGCGUCAAACUCACCAAGUAGCGGCUUCUGGAACCUUCCCGGACCCGCCCUGCUCCUCCCCAGCCCCGCUUUGAGCCCUCCCCGGGACCCCCACCCCGAGCAGGAGGGGGCUGGGGCGCGGUGGGAUUCGGGGGGCUCCUCCUGCCCUCCUGUGGGACGGGAAUUCUGUCUGAGCUCCGCUCUCUCCCCGCCAGCAGCGCCCCCGCUCCCCUCGGGACUCCCCCUGAAUUGGGGGGGGUCUCCUUGGGUUUAUUUUUUUGGGGGGCUCGGGGAGCGGCGCGGUCCCGGCCGGGUAAUUAUUUGAUUAUUAUUUGAUUUAUUGACACCACCGCGGUUAUUUA